AUGUCCAACAAUUUUGUUUUCAUUACCAAGGAGAAAUUUAAUGAAUUAUUGACCAAUUACUUGUCAGAUAAACAAUAUAACAAAUCAAUCAUUUCAAGAGAAGUUGCCAGCAAGCUGUUGGACUUUUUUACCAAUACAGGAAACAAUGAAGUUGAUGCGCAAUUUAAAUUUUGGGCAAAAAGGCGGUUUAAGACUAUGACUAUCGGUGAUACCGUAAAGGUUAUCCAUAAAAAACGUAAAACGCCCAUAUGUGCCGAGCAUGAGUUAUAUGACGUAAUUGGAAAUUAUCAUCUUGAACUUCAACACGCGGGAUACAGAAAGACUUACGCAGCGAUAUCUCAACAUUACAGCUAUGUUCCGAGAGAGCUUGUACGUUUGUUUAUUGAAGUACAAGCGGAAGAAAGAAAUGAUGAAAAUAAUCAAGUUGAUAUACCAGACAGCGUUGACAUCGAAAAUUAUGACGAAGAAGUACAAGCGGAAGAAAGAAAUGAUGAAAAUAAUCAAGUUGAGAGCGAUAACAGUAUUCAACUGUACGACGAAGAUGGAGAAUCACCACCACCUCUCCCACCACCUAUUUCAUUUUCAUCGCGCCCAUCCCCUCAAUUAAAUAUCGACGAUGAACCGCAGCCCGAAUUUAAUAUCGAUGAUGAAUCACAACCCGGUUUAAGCAACAAUGAGCCCUAUUAUUCUUCGGACGAUAAUGAAAUUUACAUAUCUCAAUGUGAAACUGGUUAUUAUAUUAAAGACAAUAUGAUGUAUAAGCCAUUUAAAAUUCUCCCUCCCUCGCCAAAUAGGCAUUCAUACGUAUUUCCACUAAACGCUUGGUUGAUGCACAAAAUAGCCACCAUGUCGUUUACUCUAAAUGACAAGGAAUUUAUUUUAAAAUGCCUUGACGACUUAAGAAAUUGGAAUAAUCAUACAUCGGAGGAUGAUCAUAUAAUAGAAGAAGAUCAACUGUCUGAGAUAUUCGAAGAAUGGCCAGAUAGAAUUAAAAGAUGGGAGGAACUGAAUCAAGGCGAUGAUAAUAGUAGAGUAGAUGAGUCAGGCUCUGUGGAAGAGUUAUCUAAUGUGGAUAAUAGUAGAGUAGAUGAGUCAGGCUCUGUGGAAGAGUUAUCUAAUGUGGAUGCUACUAGUGAGACUGAGUUUUUUAUGAGGGGAAGCACCAGUAGACAAGAUGUCAUACGCAGAAUUGCGAGAGAACAAAUUGACAGAAAU